CGCUCUACCUCGUGGACACUCUCUUUACGCACCGCACCGCACACCGCACACCGCACUCACACACAGAGCGAGUCGGGCUCGAGUGAGUGCAGUCUGAGGCAGGUACAUAAUUAUUGGAGAAACCUUCCAGUAGAAUUCAAUGUUGAUCUUAUUUUGCUCAAACAACGGGAAUAUACCGAGUGAAUGCUGUUCUUUGUGUAAUUAGGCUACAACAGUGUAUAGCUGGUUUGUUGUUGCUGGCACAACGAAGGAGCGUUUGUUUUCCACUGUCCAAAAAGGUUUCCAGUAAUGGAGUUUAAUCUUACUCGGCUACCGGCGGGACGGGACUCCAGCUGCUCUCCACCGAGCUCCAAACAGGACCUCCCAACAUUCAACCCCAACCUGAAACCCAACCAGGUCAGCGAGACCGCCCUGUAUGGAAUACCCAUAGUCUGCCUGGUGCUAGAUGGCCAGGAGAGACUGUGCCUGGCGCAGAUCUCCAACACCCUGCUGAAGAACUACAGCUACAACGAGAUCCACAACCGGCGCGUGGCUCUGGGCAUCACCUGCGUGCAGUGCACCCCGGUCCAGCUGGAGAUACUGAGGCGCGCGGGCGCCAUGCCCAUCUCCUCGAGGCGCUGUGGGAUGAUCACAAAGCGCGAAGCCGAGAGGCUUUGUAAAUCGUUUCUUGGAGCCCACAACCCUCCAAGACUACCGGAGAAUUUCGCGUUUGAUGUUUCCCACGAGUGCACGUGGGGGAGCCGUGGUAACUUUAUACCAGCCAGGUACAACAGCUCCCGAGCCAAGUGCAUCAAGUGUUUCUACUGCAAUAUGUAUUUUUCACCAAAUAAGUUCAUAUUCCACUCUCACCGUACAUCAGAGUCCAAGUAUACCCAGCCAGACGCUGCUAACUUUAACUCCUGGAGGAGACACCUCCAACUGACUGACAAGGGCUCACCGGAUGACGUAGCUCAUGCGUGGGAGGACGUCAAAGCCAUGUUCAACGGGGGCAACCGGAAGAGGACGCUGCCCAUGCACAGCCACGGGUCCGAACGUUCCUCUCCGUUAAAACCUCACCAAGAACCUUUCAACCUGCCCCGGAGAGACUCACCGGAGACCCCCCCUAAAAUCGUCCGCUGCGAGGACAACCGGGGAGGCAUGGGGAGUGUGACGAGCAUCACGCGCAGCUAUCCCGUUAUCCCGGUGCCCAGCAAAAGCUUCGGGAUGCUGCAGAACGUGAAGAUCCCUCCACCUCUCUUCCCACACCCCUACGGGUUUCCGGCCUUCGGGUUGUGUCAGAAGAAGGAUGACGGUGGUGUGAUGGGGGAGCCAAAUAAAGCCCACCUCUCUGGGGUCUUCUCCUGGCCUCGCACCAAGGACAGCGCCUACCACUCUUUCCCCAUGUUCUGGCCAACUGCAGACGGCCUCCCCAUGCCGUCCUACCCCCACCCCCACCUCCAGCCACAGCGCCAGGCCCAGCCCAAGCAGCCCUCGGCGGUCCUGUGCGCCAGACAGAGUGAGCUGGACGCAUCCGAGCAGGGUGACAGAAAUAAUAACACACCGAAGAACAGCCUGGUGGACAGUGAGCGUUGCUCCAGCACUCAGUCCACCCGGAAUGAGGACAACAAGUCCGGGGAUGAGGCGAGGUCAAUGGACGGUAUAAUGCCCCUUCUACCCGGGAAGGUUGGCUAUGUCUCCGCAUUCAGACCCGUCAUCAAAGACGCUGAGAGUAUAGCCAAACUUUACUGUAACCGGGGGAAGUACAACGGGACUCGAGCUGGGUAUCUGUCACCUGAUUUCCUGAGCGAGAGCUCGAGCUACAGGUCCUUGUCCCCAUGCAGCGUGGACAGCGUUGGCGAGCCAGAUGUAGACGUGGAGACCAAUAAAUCACAGGAGGAUGAGAAGUCACUUCCGCACUCCAUUGAGGACUGCAGGAGCCCCCCUAUCCCUGUUCUAAACCUGACGGGCGGCGCAGGUUCACCAAACGGCCUGGAAUCCGUCCCAGAGCCGGAGCAGGCCGCUGUGGUCGACUCACAGAGAAUGAACCUACCACUACACGUGGUGCUGUCUUCAAAUAGAGAUAGACAGGGCAAACAGCUGCCGGACAGCAAUAAGACCACGUCUUUUGUUGAAGUGUAUUCACCGGACAGGAGUGAUAUGCAACAAAGGAGAAGUCCAUAUGCUUUUGGUUCAGCAACGAAUUACCAGACAGACAAUGUGGAAUCGAAAGAUGACAGUGCCAGUAGAGACAGUAGAGAGGAGCCUUCUUCGACAGUGGAAGAGGUUGAAACCAAGUCUUAUAACGGCCAAAACAGUGAGGAGAGCCCGAGAGAAGAACCGAACGAGGACGAAUUGCAGAAACAACUCGUGGAGCUAAGGAAGAAACUGGAACGAGAAUUCCAACAUUUAAAAGAUAAUUUCCAUGAUCAGAUGAAAAGGGAGAUGUCCUACAGGGAAGAGAUGUUUCAGCAGCUUCAUAUUGUCAGAGAAGCUCCCGACGCGCGACACCAUUUCUCCUGUAAGAUGCUGACUCCUCGUCACUACACUGGAACCUGCUCUUCUACCACCCUAGUCCCUUCCCACAGUCCGCCGUGGAGCCCCAUCAGUCUGGAAGCAAGACUACUACCACCCUGAAGACUAGGCCUACAGUGACCCAAACACAAGGCAGGAUCUGAGUUAGGGUAGACAAUUUAACACGAGAGAGACCGGAUCUGAGUUAGGGUAGACAAUUUAACACGAGAGAGACCGGAUCUGAGUUAGGGUAGACAAUUUAACACGAGAGAGACCGGAUCUGAGUUAGGGUAGACAAUUUAACACGAGAGAGACCGGAUCUGAGUUAGGGUAAACAAUUUAACACGAGAGAGACCGGAUCUGAGUUAGGGUAGACAAUUUAACACGAGAGAGACCGGAUCUGAGUUAGGGUAGACAAUUUAACACGAGAGAGCCCGGAUCUGAGUUAGGGUAGACAAUUUAACACGAGAGAGACCGGAUCUGAGUUAGGGUAGACAAUUUAACACGAGAGAGACCGGAUCUGAGUUAGGGUAAGCAAUUUAACACGAGAGAGACCGGAUCUGAGUUAGGGUAGACAAUUUAACACGAGAGAGACCGGAUCUGAGUUAGGGUAGACAAUUUAACACGAGAGAGACCGGAUCUGAGUUAGGGUAAACUAUUUCCAGUAACUUUCCAAAAAGUCCCAGUUUUUUCCAGAAAUCCUGGUUGGAAGAUUCCUAGAAUCAGAAAGGAAUAAGCAGGAAACCCAGAAUUCUCCAACCAGGAUUUCUGGAAAACCUGGGAAUUUUGGGAAAGUUAACAUACUUUUGCAAACCUUGUCUGAGAAAUUAUAUAUGAUCAGUUUCGCAUUUUAGAAUACAUAAUAUUAUAUGGACAUGGAGGACCUGAUCGUAGGUCAGCACUGCUACUCUGAGGGGCUUUAUGAAUCCGGCCCUGGCCUCUAUCAAAUGACCACAUCAUUGUACCAGAGCAAUGCUUUGGCGUGAAGGAAACCUAUAGCCGCCGUUAGCCACUGCAUAAAAUAAACCUAUAGCCGCCGUUAGCCACUGCAUUAAUGUACUUAACUGUAACAUGUGAGAAAGUGUGUCUUCAGUCUCAGUGUAUAAUUUAUAUAAAGUUAUAGAGUACCACAUGAAAAAUACAUGAUAUGUUUAAUUGAAAAUAUGAUCAUAACUUUUAUAAAUCAUUAAUAUAUAUAUUUGGUGGCAAAGGGCAAUGAAUAAUAUGUAUCCUGUGAUAGUUUUGUUACUUGAAUGUGGCUAUUUACAGUCAGGUCCAUAAAUAUUUGGACAUUUACCAAGUUAGUAUUAUUGUAGCUGUCUACCACAGCAUAUUGUAGUUUAAAUUAAAUAAUUAAUAUGAGCUGAAAGUGCAGACUUUCAGCUUUAAUUUGAGAGUAUUUACAUCCAAAUCGGGUGAACGGUGUAGGAAUUACAGCACUUUUCAUAUGUGGUCCCCCCAUUUUUAAGGGACCAAAAGUAAUUGGACAACUGGCUGCUCAGCUGUUCCAUGACCAGGUGUGUG